AUGAAACAUACAAGAUGGUGCGGACCAAGCACAAGGAGGCCAUUGGCAUUCUGGAGAAGGAGGACACCUUUGCGUACCACCCCGCCUACAAGAGGCCAACCGACAAGUUUGAAGCAGCGUAUUUCACCCCGACGCCUCUCAAGAAGGCCGAGGAGAAGAAGAGCCCUGCGCAGAUCAAGCUGGAGCGGAUGCGCAAGCAAGGAACACUCUCGCAGGCUUCGUCCAGCUCUUUUCGCCACCGUUUCCUGA